CCCCCCCCUCAGAAGCUGCUCCCGGAACACGCCCAGACCCUGGAGAAAUACGACUGGGAAUCAGACAGCCACUGCCAGGUGAAUUUCCUGCAAGAGAACGUGUUCCUUCUGCUACAGUCAGUGGUGAUGGCGUGUCAGGAGAAGGACAUCGACUCCCUAAAGUCUCUGCAGACGGAGCUGUGGCCUCUGCUCAGCCCUGAACAGAAUCAGCUGCUUCACCUGUUGGUUCUGGAGAGAGUGUGUCCGUCGGGUCAGGGGUUCUGAACCCGGGCCAGGCUGGUCUCUCCGGGUCUGCGUUCACUUCCCUCUGCGCUCUGUGUUAUUAUUAUUAUUAUUAUUAUUAUUAUUAUUAUUAUUAUUAUUAUUAUUAUUAUUAUUAUUAACUGCACAUUAUUGAUGAGUUUCCUCUGCAUUAAUAAAUGUGAAUCUGAACUCA